GGAACCUAUCGCAGUAGUUCAUCUUAUUUACCAAGCGGUAGCAAUGAUACAAUUACAUCCAGUCGAUAUGGAAUGAAUAUUCGCAGACCUUGUUGUUGGCAUUGAACGAACGCCUUUUUGAACUCCUCUCCCCCUUUUGAAAAUACAAACAAACCAAAAACAACAACUAAAUAUAACAAAAAAAAAAAUAAUACUAACAAACAAAUAAUAGAAGAAGGACGUUAAAGUAAAAGAAAAAUAUAUACAUACAUAAAUAGAAAAAAAUGUAUGAAUCAGCAAAGAGAUACACGCAAAAAUUUCGGCACAAAUUCUCAGUGAAGAAAAAAAUAUAUUAGAUAAAUAGAGGUGCGCGCAAAAACACUGUGAAGCUUAGCGCAAAAGUAAUGAAAUAAAUCGGAAGCGUGAAAAAAAUAAACAAAUUCUAAAGUGACAAACACUUUAAAAACAAGGAAAAUUGCCAAAAAAGAACGAAAAAUAAAAAAGAGCGAAACAAACCGCAAAAAAAAAAUAGUAUAAGGAAUUAAAAGACACUAACAUCAACGUAAAACUGCAAAGCAUAAUAACGAGGCGUAUAAUUAAUUAAAAACCUUCCACAUUCCACAAUAGCUUUUUAUGGCGUAGCGAAUGAGGCAAAUAAAUGAAUGAAAAACAAACGAAGAAUACGAAAUUUUUUGCAAAAAUUCUCAAAUCAAACUGAAAAAGUAACAAAAUUGUAAAUAGAAAGUAAAAAAGCCUCAAUCAAAAGAGACGUGUGCCGACGAAUAGCAGCAAAGUAACUGUAUAGAAAAAAAUAACAUAAAAUAUAAUGAUAGAUAUCAAUAAAAUAAGAAAUAAUUUUGAAAAAUUCCCAUCACUCAAGCAAAAAUGUGGUGACCAUGCAGCUGUAUUAGUACAGCAACAACAAAAACGUCAGCACAUCAACUCAAAUUCCAACUCAAAUAAAAACGCCCAUAAAAUAACAGCAGCAGCAACAGCAACAGAACCAAAAACAGCCGCCGUCAAAACCCUAAAGACAACAAUUGCGGCCACCAAACCAACAACCACAAAUACGUCUGUUGUGGACGGCAAAUCAGAAGCGACACGGAGGUCGGCUAUUGCUGUUGGCAGGCGUGCGGCGUCCGCCAGCAGCACGCGCAACUCCAAAGCUGCCAAUAAUAGCAGUAACACAACAAACAAUAACAUCAACAACGACACAAAUCCCGUGCGCACCGCUAAUAAGCCAUUCUUUUUGGUGCCACAAUUUCAAGAUCAAAACUUCUUAAAGGAGGAAUGUGAAUUGGCGCAUGCGCAGGUCGCAAUACCGGGCGCAGAGAAGCGGCAAUCAAAAUCAGCUGGUGUAUCGAUCAAUGGGCAUGUGGGUGAGUUAAAUAACAACAACAACAUCAUCAGCAACGCAACUAAUCUCAAGAGCAGCAGCAACGGUUGCCGAAACAGCUGCGACGGCGGCAAAGGCAACAACAAUAACAAAACUAGUCACUCUUACGCUAUUAACGGUAUUAUCGGUGGCAAAAGGCGUCCCACAACCGCACCACAUCCAUCAGCGGCAACAGUGGCGGCGGUAACAGCUAAUGGCAUGCGACGCAGCGGUGGCGGCAGCGCCAACGCAAGCGUCAACAUUAGUCAACAUCAUCACCACCAACACAUCAGUUCAGCAGCUGCAGCAGCGACAACUCCUGCAACGACAACGACGGCGGCCGCGGUAGCAGAGACACAGAACGGCGCUUCAACCAAGAGCGCCACAACUGAUUCCUCCGUCCAUAAAGUCGACAUUGUCUUCAAUAAUCGGCUGCCGAGCCAACAAACGAACGGUGGUCGUAUUGUCGUCGCUUCCAAGAGUCCGAAACAGCCACAGCAACAUAUGUUCAACAGUUCACGUCCGCUCACAGGCACAACAACAAACGCCACAAAAACUAUUGGCACGCCGACAAGCACAAGCGUAAGUGGUGGCGCGUCAACAUCAACAGUGGUGACGACGAAGGUGACUAACGGCCCGAUCAAAUUGGUGCGUCCGCUGGUGCAUCGCAGCAUUCCAUCGACAGCUGUGGCGUCUGCUAACGCCACGGCAACGCGCGACAACGUCAACGCAUACUCUAAUAAGCUGUUCAACAGCUACGGCAGCAAUAGCAGUCGAUUUAGCAAUAACAACAACAAUAAUAAUAAUAGCGCUAGCGUCGUUGGUAAUGUCAUAAGCGGCGGCAACAGCGGUGGUUGCAAUAAUAAUAUCUCUAGCAAUAAAACUGACGGCAGCAGUGGCGCUGGCGCUAUCGGUGUCAACGGCAUGCAGCACACGCUCGAUCACGACGAUAUCAAGUAUAUAGACAGCGAUGACGCGCCGACAACGUUGGCGCAGGCACACACAGCCGCAGCUGCUGCUGCUGCUGCUGCACCCACCACAUCGUCAAACGGCGGUGGCGCGCAGUUGGAGCGGAAAACACAGUUGCGGUGCGAGCAGGUGUGUUGUCAGCAUACCAACAGCGCGACGCCUGCAAGUGCUGGCGGUGGCAGCGGCGGUAGCGAUAGCGCGCCAUUCAAGACGCGUAUGCGCCCCAAAUCGACGAUCAUCUGCUCCACUAGCAAUCUCGUCUUUGAGAAAAUCAACAACUACAAGUAUGCCAAUGGCAGCGCAAGCGGCGGCGGCAGUAGCGCGGCAAAGUUUGCCGCCGAAGCAGCUGCAGCGCGCCGUCAUGAGCUGCGCCACAGCAUCGAUUCGAAUAGCAUCAGAGCCUCGAUUCAGAAAUUUGAUAGUUUUAGCGAGCAAAAGCGCAGCGGGGUUGCUCAGGUGACACUGCGCUCACACGGCGGCAGCGGUAGCACAAGCAACCUGCAACAUCAUCGCCAUAGCGGCAGCGAGUUCGACCAUGCCACCGGUAACAGCAGUUUGUUGCGACUGGCGCAAAGCGGCGGUGGUUCGUUGACGCGCGCGCCCUACCGCACGGCAUCACCCUCACCAGCAACUGCUUGUAAAGUAACUGCCACCAUGCAUGGAACGACAUUGGCGGCCUGUUCAACUGGGUCCUCCUCAUCAUCUAUACGCACUAUGUCCAGCAGCAGCGCUACUAGUAGCACUAAUAGUUUGCCUACCAAAAGCGCGGGGAGCAUUGUUGCUGCUUCAACUACAGCGGCCGCUGUCUCCGCCAAUCGCCAUCCAGAAGUGUCGCUAUUGCGUACAUCGGAGAGCGCUGCCCAUACUGCACUCUUGCAAAUCAAAGAUGUUGCGGGAGUGGGGUCAAAGAAGGUGGAAACGAAAAUGAUGAAUGGCGAUGUAAAGAAAUGCGCGAAGGCGGAGACGAACGGUUUGUGCAACGGCGCCGCCGGAGAUGUAGAUAGUAUUCGCAGCACAGCCCUCAGGAGUAUUCCUCCAGCGCCACCAUCGCCCACAGCGUCUCGAUACUGGGAUCGUGACAGUCGCACAAUAACAUCGUCGGCACUCUCCUCGUCUCCAUCAUCGGCGACAAAUAACAUAGACGAUGUGAGCAAGUCGAAGUCGAGCGAUGAGAAUAGCGAAGGUAAGUGUGUGGGAACGUGAUGAAGAAGUGGUUGUGCUAAGGAAGAGUGUGUUGUGCGUGGCAUUCAAGC